AUGAGCGAUCAGGAGACGUAUUGUAAUAGUGUUACUGCAUCACCUCGAAAACGUGAGUGCAAGAAGUUUUAUACAUCUGUUGAAGAUUUAAUGCUGUUACAGACGGCAGUCAUAAUUAGUCCAUUUACCCGAAAUUAUGGUACAAUUAUGAAAAGUUGGGCUAAAGUCAGUCGUAUCAUGCAAGAUCAAGGAAUGCCAUCAAGUGCAACACGUUGUCGAGAUCGGGUAAAAUUGUUACUUUCCUAUCUUGCUCAUAAUAACAUUGAAAAAAUAGCAGCAAGCGAUGAAACCAGUGAAGAAACUGAUGAAAAAUUGCGAUUAUUACGUCAACUGGAAUUAAGCCGUCAAAAAUGUGAUAGUAUAAAUCUACCAGGUUCUAGCAACCAAUCUGGCUCUGCUGUAACCUUUUCAGCAAGCCAAAGUAGCACCGGUCGUAGUGAUCGAUAUCAUCGAUCAUCUAUUAUGGCCAGUAAUAAUAAUAAUAAUGGUAGGAUACGUCAUAAGAAACGAUCAAGAGAUGAAAUUUUGGAGGAAAACAAUGAAUCUAAUGAUCACGAUGAAUCCAACGAUGAAAAUGGUCUAGAUGGUGUUAGAGGAGACGACAGCCAGAUUAGUAAACGAUGGAAACAUCCAAAUCUGUCGUCAUCACCUACUGAUGAUUUGCGUCAAUUGAUUCACUUGUUAAAAAAUACAACGGAAAAAUAUUACCAUUAUCAAAGUCGUCUCCUUGAUAUUGAAGGUAAGGAGUUAGAUGUUGAUAUUGCUAAUUUAGAAGCUGAACGUAGAAGGCUGGAAUUAGCCACGAAAGAGAGGCGUACUAGACAAUUAGAUCGGAUUAAGAGGUUGGACAUGGAUCGUGAGGAGCGUAUCAAACUAAUCCAAUUCAUUGAAGAAAAGUUAUAG